AUGCGGCUCGCAGCCUGCGCAAUCGUCGCGGCGCUGCUCGCCGGCAGCGCCGCGGCCGUGUCGUUCACACAGCCGGCGUACCCGAUCAGGCCCGGGGUCAAGACCGACAUGAUCACCAACCAGCGCGUGAUUGCGUCCACUCUUCAGGGCGUCAUCAAUCUGCCCAGCCUGCUGCUCAACGGCACCUUCCAGGUCAACCCGCUGGGCAAGCCCACAGACAAGGUCGAGGUCAAGGAUGUGGGCUGCCUGGACACGAUCAUCCCGCCGCCCCUCAACUGGGGCCCCCUCUGCCCAACGUGA